AUUAUUAGGUAACUUGACAUUAAAAAUCUUUUUCUCCAUCCCUGAAGUUGAGCAUACAUUCUUGUAGAAGAAUGGAUUUGUUGACACUCAAGCAAUUUGCAGUGCUCCUCUGGAAAAAUUUUACCUUAAAGAGGAGGCAGUUCUUCAGUUUAAUUUUCGAAGUCCUUACAGCAUUGGUGUUUCCAGUGAUGCUUUUGCUAUUCCGUGCAAUUAUUAAGUUACCUGUUAAUGGACCUUACAAUUUUACUUCUCAGCCCAUCAGAACUCUGCCUCCUUUCCUCCAAAAUCCUAGAGAAUGGAAAUUGAUUUACGUGCCUUCUAAAAUUGAUGUGGUAAAAGAGAUCACUGAGAAUGUGAAGAGGAAUCUAAACAUUGAUAUAAGAGUUCAAGGCUUUUCUUCGGAAUCUGAGUUUGAGGAGUAUGUUAAGUAUGACUAUGGAUCUUACAAAGUGCUGGCUGCCAUUGUUUUUGACUGUGACUUCAAAAACAGCGAUGAUCCUCUGCCGCUUCAGGUAAAAUAUCAUCUGCGUUUUAUUAGGAUACAGAGGACUAUCUUGUGGCCAGACACAAUAGGCUGGAAAACAUCCUUCCUUUUUCCUAAUCAUCCCUUUCCGGGACCCAGGAACCCAGAUCAUAAUGAUGGAGGAAGCCCUGGGUACAUAAGAGAAGGGUUCCUGGCUGUACAGCAUGCCUUAGAUAAGGCCAUCAUGCUGUACCAUGACAGCAAUGCUAGACAGAAGCUGUUUGAUGGUAUCAGCAUCUUUGUACAGAGAUUUCCAUACCCAGCUUAUCCUCAUGACGGAUUGCUUUGGCUCACUGGUUCUUACCUCCCUUUGAUAUUUAUACUCAUGUUCUCUCCAACUGUACUUUCCAUCGUGCGAUCCAUUGUAUGGGAAAAAGAAAACAGAUUGAAGGAGUACCAGCUCACAAUUGGAAUUAGAAACUGGAUGCUCUGGGCUGCCUAUUUCUUCACAUUCUUUGUUUUUCAUAUCUUUAUUAUUGCCUUAAUAUGUAUGUUAUUCUUCACUAAGAUUAUCCGUGAGCCACUCUUCCGCUACAGUGACUGUGGUUUCAUCUUUUUCUUUCUUACGUGUUAUGCCAUUGCUUCGAUAUUCUUUGCCUUUAUGAUUAGCACAUUCUUCAGUAAAGCCCGUUUGGCUGCUUCUGCUGGAAGCCUGAUAUAUUUUGCCAGUUUCUUCCCAUUUAAUUCCGUUGCUCAAAACUUUGGAGAAAUAACCCUCACCAGGAAGGUGGCUUCAUGUCUCAGCUCAAAUGUUGCAGUGGCCCUGGGGAUUAAACUUCUGGUCACGCUGGAAAUAAAGCGAAUUGGUGUUAAGUGGGAUAACCUUUGGACACCAGCCAGCCUUGACAAUAAUCUCGUCCUGGGCCAUAUGUCGGGAAUGCUUUUACUUGAUGCCUUCUUGUAUGGCCUUGUGACCUGGUAUAUAGAAAACGUCUUUCCAGGGCAGUAUGGCGUGCCCAAGCCAUGGUACUUUUUUCUUAUGCGCUCAUACUGGUUUGGCCAACCAAGAAUCAAAAGAAAAAAAAGAAAAGUGAAAGAUGGUGAAGUAACUCAAAACAAGUAUUUUGAGCCUGAACCUACCAGUUUGGUGGCAGGUAUCCAGAUCAAGAAUUUGUACAAGGAAUUCGGUGACAAAGUAGCAAUAAAUAACAUGUCAUUGAAUUUAUAUGAGGGUCAGAUCACUAUUCUUCUAGGACAGAAUGGUGCAGGAAAAAGCACAACCUUAUCUAUUCUCACAGGUCGUUACCCUCCCACAAGAGGAGAAGUCUAUGUUGAUGGAUAUGACAUCACAAAGAACAUAACUAAGAUUCGAGAAAGCUUGGGCUUCUGCCCUCAGCAUGACUUGUUGUUUAAUGACCUGACCCUGUCAGAACACCUUUUUUUCUACUCUGUGGUAAAAAGUGUAUCCCACAAAGUGUCUCCUGUGGAAAUUGACCAUAUGCUGUCUACUUUUAACCUGCUAGAAAAGCGUGAUGCAUUUUCACAGUCACUGAGUGGAGGAAUGAAGCGCAAACUCUCCAUCAUUAUAGCACUUUUAGGGGGCUCCAAGGUAGUGAUACUUGACGAACCAUCAUCUGGCAUGGACCCAGUCUCAAGGAGGGCCACCUGGGAUCUCCUUCAGCAAUUUAAACGCGAUCGUACCAUCUUACUGACCACCCACUACAUGGAUGAAGCUGACGUCCUGGGUGACCGAAUUGCCAUCAUGGUCGAUGGGACCCUGCGGUGCUGUGGCUCUUCAAUCUUCCUGAAACAAACAUAUGGUCUCUCCUCCCUUUAUUUUCUUUUCUCUUCCUUCUCUCCUUCCAGGUUUGAAGUUCUGUUUAACGAUCUGGAAACGAAUCAAAAAGAGCUGGGCAUUGCCAGCUUUGGUGCUUCAAUCACUACCAUGGAAGAAGUCUUCCUAAAGGUCAAUAGGCUGGCAGAUUCCCAGAUGAAUGUUCGGCCUACCCAGUCUACUCCUCUGAAGAGCAAAAAAAUAAGACAAGACAUGAAGCAGAAUAAGAAUGUGUCCAGAAAUUGCAACAGACCAGUUUUUUCCAGAUUGAAUGAAAUUGCUAACAUUAAAUUUAAUACUGGGUUUCUACUAUACUGCCAGCAAUUUCAUUCCAUGUUUAUGAAGAGAGCACUGUUCACUUGGCGCAAUUGGAAGUUGUCAUUGCUACAGAUAUCAGUAAUUUUGUUUGUCACUACUUACCUCUUCUCAAGUUUAAACUUAGAUUCUGAGCCACCUGCCAGAGAAAUGGACUUGAGUCAAUAUGGUCGAACAAUUGUGCCUUACUCAAUUUCUGGGAAUUCUGAUCUUGCUCUGAACAUCGUAAAGAACCUUGAGAUUUUUCUAAAGCUUAAAAAUCAAGAACUUCGUAAAGUACAAGGUAAUGUAAAGAAUUACAUAUUGGAAAAUAAAGAGUGUCAUGACUUCUCCAUUAUUGCAUUUUCCAUUGAGGUUGUGAAAAACAAAACAGUAUUUACUCUUUUGUUCAAUAAUGAGGCAUACCAUUCAGCUGCAACAUCCCUGGCGGUGUUAGACAACAGUCUUUUUAUGUCACUUUCUGGCCCCAAUGCUUCCAUUAAAGCCUCCAACAAGCCUCAACCUCUCUCGCUUUAUGGUUCUAACGAACUGCCUACAAGUGGAUUAGAAAUAGUAUUAUGUUUGGCUUUUGGCAUGGCUCUUGUGGCCGGUAGCUUUUGCCUUCAGACAGUGACUGAGAGAACUAACAAGGCAAAGCACAUCCAGUUUGUGAGUGGAGUCUAUUUACUUACUUACUGGCUCUCUGCUUUGCUGUGGGAUCUCAUCUACUUCUUUGUUACCUGCUGCUUACUACUGGUGAGUGUUGGCUCUGUUUUCAGUAUCAUCAUUCAUGCCGUAAUUCAAUACUAUAGAAAGGACAUUCCUCAAUCCACAAGAACUUCCAUAGGUAAUGCAUUAAUGAUGCUUCCUGGUAACAACUUUGUAGUGAGUAUCAGCAGAUUCUUUGAUGACUAUCAGGUGAAAAAACUAUGUGCCAAGCAAUUGAAAAAUAUCUACCUGGACUGCGGAAAAAAAUUUGUUAAGAACAAGAUCUACAGUUUUGGAGAACGCGGGAUUACAAAGUUUUUGAUUUCGUUGGCUGCCCAGGGCCUUAUUUAUCUGCUGUUGCUUUUGUGUCUGGAAAGUACAUUCUGGAACCUGAAAAACUUUGUCUAUCAUAAAAUUAUAUUUAAUGUCUACAAGAAAUUCAUGAAAGGCAAGAAGGCUACAGUGUCCACCCAAGUAACCAAGGAAUAUGAGGAUAAAGAUGUAGAAGAUGAAAGGAAGAGAGUCCUGACACUGUUAACUAAUUUGAAGCGUGCCCCACUACUUCUUAAUGAUCUUACAAAGAUUUACUAUAAGUGUCCAGUUGUAAAGGCUGUAAGAAAUAUCUCCCUUUUAGUCCAAAAAUAUGAGUGCUUUGGAUUACUUGGAUUAAAUGGAGCUGGAAAAACCACUACAUUCAAAAUGUUGACUGGAGAGGAGACCACAACCUCUGGACUUGUGUUAAUUGAUGGCAUUAGCAUCACUGAAAAUAUCAGAAAGAUUAGGUCAAGAAUUGGCUAUUGUCCUCAAUGUGACCCCAUGCUGAACCACAUGACAGGUCGGGAAUUGCUGAUCAUGUAUGCCAGGCUGCGGGGGGUCCCGGAGCCAGAUAUUUACAUGUAUGUGGAAACUUUUUUGCAUUCAAUGCACCUGGAAACCCAUGCUGACAAGUACAUCUACACAUACAGGUAAGACAUUAUGCUACUGUAUUUAUUAAGCUGCCUGCUGCACACCUGUGUUUCUACUGUUAGAAUGAAUGCCUGUAAACUCAACCUGACAACUCUGUCACACAGAGGCCAUGACUAUGAAAGAGCCUUAUGUCUUGUCAGGGUUUGGAUGUCAGGAAUAAGGCAGAUCACACUUGCAUGAAGUUAACUUUUUGUAGGCAUAAGCUGUAGCCUUUGCAUUUCAAAAAUGAGCAGCUUCAUCCAUAUAUGACUAUG